ACACAAACCACUAUAUUGUUAUUUUCGCGCUAUUCACCCAGUUCGUUUGUUUCGUAGCUGUAGACGAAUUAUAAAUUUAUUUAAAUCCGAUAUGUUUUCAAGGAGUUUCGUCAUCAGCGCCCUCUUCGUCAUCCUCAGCGCCAUCCUCCUGGAUUCCCAAGCGGAAGCUCGCUAUCUACCCACCAGGGCUAAUGGAGAAAGGGUGGACAAGCUCCGCGAACUCUUGAAAGAAUUGUUAGAAAGCGAGAUCGAGAAGGAAGAGAUGGGGGACGUCCCAAGAUGGCACCCAGAGAGCAAACUCUUCUACAAGAGGGAAGCCCCAGAGGUCCAGACCCAGCCACUCCCCCAACAAUAAAACAAUUGACGACCUGAGCAAAGAACACGGACAAUACGAUUUUCGGAGAAAUGUAAAUAAGAAUUAAAUAUAACAAAUUUUAAAUAAUAUUUUGAUUAAUGUGAACAAUUUAAUAAUAUGUAUAUUGACAAGUUGAGAGCACGAAUAUGAUUCCAAAAACUAAAAAAAAAUGUAGCACGUUAGAUAAACAAUGUGCAGAGUGGUUUUUGAUUUUGGCAAACGUAUAUAUGAUAAAUGUAUUUUUUGAAAAUAAAAUUAAAUUAUAUAUCUAUAUUAAAAUUUAAAGUAUAUAUUUUCUAAUAUAAAAUAGCAUUUAUUUAGAGUAUUAGAGCAAAUAUUAUAGGUAUAAGGAUAGACAAAGGCGGUUGAUGCAAUUUAAUAACUAUAGUAAUAUGUGUCUUAAAUCAGUAAAAGCAAAAAUCUCUCUGUACAUUGUUUAAUACAAAAAGAGGCAUUAUUUUACAUUUUCCUAGGGCUUAGAGGUAUUGUUUUUUUUUCAUAUUGUACAUUUAUAUCACAUUUUAUUUAACUUUAAUGUAAGUAAAAUAUAAAUCAGUAUUAAAUUGAUGUUAGCUAGAAAAUAGUGCCUAUAGUUAUAUAUGGUGAAAACAAGCAUACUUUUCCAUAAUUUAAGAAUUUCUCUCAGCAAAAUUAAUAAAACCAUUUUUAAUAUUUUAGCACAUAUUUUCGUAUAUUUAGUUAACGUAAGUAUAAUUGCACUUAAAUUAUGGAAAAAUACGGCAUGUUACCUUCUUUAUAGAAGUAGUAUUAGAAAAAUAUAUAAAUAAUAUAUUGUACCCGUCCUUAAAAAAGAUCUUCUCAAUUUGUCAUUAUAUGGGGUUAGGUCAAUACGACGGUUUCAAUUUUUAAAAGCAAUAUUUUGAAAAACGUUUUAAUACAAUAAUAAUAAAUGUGAUUUACAAUGAAUGUGUCUUAUAAUAACAAAAAAUG